AUGCUUCUCAAUCAAGUCGUGGAGGAUGAAUGGAGGAAGAAGGGCGACAAAUUGAGCCGUGCUGAGGCAGAGGCCGUACUUCGUAAGACGCUUGAACUCACCAUUUAUCACGACUGUACUGCAGAUAAUGACUUCGAACUGGGUGUCGUUGAUGCUGACGACGGUGUCGUUUUGGGCAAACAGGAAACCAUCAUUGGUGACUGGAGUAUCGCAGAAACCAACUGUCAGUAUGAGUGA